GACAGUCUAUUACGACGGGGGAAAAUGGCGUUGCGACAUUUGAGCCGACCGAGAGACAUCGUAAAGAGAUCGACGAAGAAGUACCUCGAGGAACCUCUAUACCACCGUCUCUUCAAGGACGGUGGAUCAGAGGUGAGUGUGCGUCAGCAGCUGAAUCAAUUCCUAAAGGGCACUAAGCACGUCUUCAAAUGGGAAGUCGGAGAUACCAUCAAGAAGCUCCGAAGCCGCGGCCUCUAUUACCCAGCUCUCAAGCUAUCUGAAGUUAUGGAACAUAGAGGUUUGAACAAGACGGUGCGUGAUCAAGCAAUCCAUCUCGAUCUCGUCGCCAAAGCUCGUGGAAUCGCUGCUGGGGAGACUUACUUCGUCAAUCUCCCGGAAACAUCUAAAACCGAGCUCACCUAUGCGUCUCUUUUGAACUGCUACUGCAAGGAGUUGAUGACUGAGAAAGCAGACGGUCUUCUCAACAAGAUGAAAGAGCUCAACAUUACUGUUAGCUCCAUGUCCUAUAACAGCCUCAUGACUCUUUACACAAAGACGGGACAGGCCGAGAGGGUUCCGGGGAUGGUUCAAGAAAUGAAGGCUGAGAAUGUCAUGCCUGAUUCUUACACGUACAAUGUCUGGAUGAGGGCACUGGCUGCUACUGAUGAUGUUUCUGGUGUCGAGAGAGUCAUUGAGGAGAUGAACAGAGAUGGUAGAGUUGCUCCAGAUUGGACUACAUACAGCAAUAUGGCGUCUAUAUACGUUGAUGCGAGACUGUCUGAGAAGGCUGAGAAGGCACUUCAAGAACUUGAGAUGAAAAACACGGACAGGGAUUUUAAGGCGUAUCAGUUUCUUAUUACAUUGUAUGGACGACUUGGGAAACUGACUGAGGUUUAUAGGAUUUGGCGUUCGUUGAGGCUGGCUAUGCCGAAAACCUCAAAUGUAGCUUAUUUGAACAUGAUACAAGUGCUGGUGAACUUGAAAGAUGUAACUGGUGCGGAGACACUGUUCAAGGAAUGGCAAGCUAACUGUACUACUUAUGACAUCAGGGUUGUGAAUGUGAUGAUUGGAGCUUAUGCAAAAGAAGGUCUCAUCGAAAAAGCAAAAGAGCUCAAGGAGAAAGCUCCGAGAAGAGGAGGAAAGCCCAAUGCUAAAACGUGGGAGAUCUUCAUGGAUUACUAUGUUAAGAGUUGUGAUACGGCUCACGCACUUGAGUGUAUAUCUAAGGCAGUUUCCAUAGGCAAAGGAGAUGGUGGUAAGUGGUUACCAUCACAGGAAGCAAUCAGUAGUUUAAUGAUCCAGUUCGAGGAAAAGAAAGAUGUUAAUGGAGCUGAGAAUUUGUUGGAGAUUUUAAAGAAGGGAACUGAUGAUAGUAUAGGUGCAGAGAUCUUUGAAUCAUUGGUAAGAACGUAUGCAGCAGCAGGAAAGAGUCAUCCUGCUAUGCGCCAGCGUCUGAAGAUGGAAAAGGUUGAGGUUAAUGAAGCGACGCAGAAGCUUCUUGAUGAAUUAUGUCACGAAGAGUGAGUAAAGGUCUCUGUUCAUCUCUCUUCUCCUUCAUAUUUUUCCCUUCAGGGAGGGUACUUGCAUUCAGACAGCUCUGUUUCUUUAAUAAGAAUAGGCUCUUUUUAUAUGAUAGCGAAUACGUAAAUCAAUCUUAUGGGUCUGUUUUACAUUCACAUACGACGGUUUGUUUCAUGUGUUUUCUGUGAA